UAAGUGAAUAAAUGUAAAUGUAAUGUAAAAGGUUGCUGAGUUUCACAAAAUGGGAAGUGACUAUAAGAAAAUAGCACAAGCAUUGAAAAUGGCCAUUUCCACCAACAGGGCAAUAAUUGAGAAGCUCCAGUCAACUGGAAAUGUUAUGAAUCAACCUGGAAUUGGAUGUGUGUCUAUAUUGUCUCAGCGUACUGUGAAGAGGAUGGUUUGUGUGGCCAAAAAUUUUUCAAGGAUCACAGCUGGAGAAUUGCAGAAGUUAGUUGCGUCUUGGGGUCAGAAAGUCUCCAAAACUACAAACUGAACCCACAGACAUCACCACAAGUUGUUUGGAAGGGUUUAAAAAUAAAAAAAAGCCUCUACUCUCAUCCAAAAGAGAGGUAGCCAUAUGGAAAAGUACCUCAUGCCCAUGGUUAAAUAUGAUUUGGGGCUGUUUUUCUGUCAAAGGACCUGGACAUUUUGUUAGCACAUGGCAUCAUGGACUCUAUAAAAUAUCAACAGAUAUUAAAUGAAAACCUGACUGCUUCUGCCAGAAAGCUUCAAAUGGGCUGUGGUUGGAUCUUCCAGCAGGACAAUGAUCCAAACCAUACAUCAAAAUCAACACAAAAAUUGUUUACUGAACACAAAAUCUGCCGUGGCCAUCCCAGUUCCCUGAGUUGAAACCAAUAGAAAACCUGUGGGGUCAACUGAAGAGGAAAGUCCACCAGUGUGGACCUCGAAAUUUGAAGGAUCUGGAGAGAUUCUGUAUGGAGGAAUGGUCUCGGAUCCCUUGCCAUGUAUUCGCCAACCUCAUCAGGCAUUAUAGGAGAAGACUCAGAGCUGUUAUCUUGGCAAAGGGAGGUAGCACAUAAGUUUUGACUAAAAGGGUGCCAAUAAUUGUUCCACACCUAUAUUUAACAAAGAUUUUUUUUUGGAUAAACCUGUGUUUUGUUUGCAAUUGUUUGAUAUGCCUAAGAGCAGAGUGUUUUUGUCGAGGCUUCUUUGCUUAUAUUUACCAGAGGAUGCCAACAUUAGUGGAAGGCACUGUAUACAGGACUGGUUCAGAAUCCCUGUAUUUCCCUACUUCAGCACGUCUGCUUUUAAACAACCAUUAUUCAGUGCGCUUGAGAAAAUAAAAAGCACCUCACAAAGGAUUUGGCAACCUGAACAGCUCUGCCACAGCAACCAUGACAUCACUGUCCUGGCCAAUCACAGAGCUCCUCUGAAAUCUCGUUCUGAACGACCUGUUCUAUCGCGUGAUUUCAGCCUCAGGCCCAGCGCCAUCGCCAAUACUUAUUUUUUUAAUAGGAGAAACUACUCCAGUGACGGAUCCAUGAUGAGCUAUGCGGAAAAGCCUGAAGAUGUCACAAAGGAGGAGUGGAUGGAGAAACUCAAUAAUGUGCACAUCCAAAGAGCAGAUAUGAACCGCCUCAUCAUGAACUAUUUAGUAACUGAGGGUUUUAAGGAGGCUGCAGAGAAGUUCCGGAUGGAGUCAGGAAUUGAGCCCAGUGUGGAUCUGGACUCGCUCGAUGAGAGGAUAAAGAUCAGAGAGAUGAUUUUGAAAGGGCAGAUUCAGGAAGCCAUCUCUCUCAUUAACAGCCUUCAUCCAGAACUCCUAGACACCAACCGAUAUCUGUACUUCCAUCUUCAGCAGCAACAUUUGAUUGAGCUGAUCCGUCUGCGGGAGACUGAGGCUGCACUGGAGUUUGCACAGUCGCAACUGGCUGAACAAGGUGAAGAGAGCAGAGAGUGUCUGACUGAGAUGGAGAGAACUCUGGCCCUGCUUGCUUUUGACAACCCAGAAGAGUCACCUUUCGGAGACCUUCUUAACAUGAUGCAGCGACAGAAGGUUUGGAGUGAGGUGAACCAGGCAGUACUUGACUAUGAGAACAGGGAGUCAACACCAAAGCUUGCCAAGCUGUUGAAGCUUUUGUUAUGGGCACAGAAUGAACUUGACCAGAAAAAAGUCAAAUAUCCCAAAAUGACAGACCUUAGUAAGGGCACAAUUGAAGACCCCAAAUAAGAACUGGAAACAACAUGGACAUCUGUGCUAUACUGUAACAUUUCCCCCAUUUAUAAACAGUUUGUGAAUGGACCAUUUACAUGUGUGUGUGUGUAUAUAUAUGUGUGUGUGUGUGUGUGUGUGUGUAUAUAUAUAUAUAUAUA